GUCCAGGCUGCCUGGCCUCUCCUGUGCUACAGUGCUCGAGGAGACUCGUUUGUUUGUGCCCAAGUUCUGCAACGGCACUGUGCUCAGUCAGAGGCCCAGGGCGAUAUCAACACAUCACAGCAAUCCUGUACACGAUGCCCACCUGCCCUCCCGCCAGGUUCACUAGCCAGGGCGCUUCUGUCUCAACUCCCCACCCCUGCCUAUUCGCGCCGGUACAGACUCUGGUCGUCAAUUCUCGCUCGGCGAUGCCCCGCCGUGCCGUCGCAUGUGCGGAGACUGGCGCCCCCAUUCGUAGACGCAGUGACAAAGCCGCUGCAGCCAAUCAGAGCCCGUCGUCCAACCACAUCUCACCACCCACCCCCAUCUCCACGAGGGCAAGAUGACCACUCACAACAACGGUCACCGGGUCAAUUGAUGUUCGUCGUCGGAUUUGACGUGGCUGAUUUCACGUGCUCGCUCAGAAAGGCCUCUCUGCUCGCUGACGCGGUGAUGGCGGAUCCACAAGAUGGCGGCACCCCUGGCCAAGCCGAGACUCUGGGACAGAUCACAGGCCAUGAGACCAGAUGGGUAAUAUAGCACAACAGACCGGGGCGGUCAGCAGCCUGAGGCGAGCUGAGGCAGGACCAUUUCAAACGCGGAUUGAGGAUGUGAUUCCCAGUGUUUUCAGAGUACUAUCGACUGGCUGUACGCACAGGUUGGGUCGUGGGCGUGAAUUCGUGCGCAUAGGGCCGCAUCUGGGGGUGUGCCGUCGGACCCUUGUAGUGCAAAUCCUACCACCACUUUCUUCUCCUCUCCCCUGCGGGCGGCUCACCAGAUGCACACGACCUGAGAGUGGCCGCAGGAAAUGUGACAGAAGUCCUGGCAGAUCUUACUAAUCGUCGAGAUCGGACCACGCGACAGGAUCGGCCUCUGAGCGGUGGCCGACACGCAGCUGGGAAGCAACGCGCCACCUGUCGAGCGAGGGCUGCAGCCCCCACGGGCCUUGCCAAGACCGGGUUCAAAGUACGGUCUGGGGACUGCUGUGACCGGCGGACAGGCGGCUUUUGUACAAGAGCGGCCACAUGUUCUUUGACACCACAGGCGGCCGCGUCCGGAAAGGUGACGGAGGGCUGCAAGCCCGCCGCCACGCCUGGGCCAGGCCGCAGGUUCGACUUAAAAAGCGAGGCUGUCCCCGUCGCAGGACCUGACUCCCAGAACAAGAGUCCGUCAGCAGCAGAGGCCAAACCCCCAACGCAGCAAUCCAAGGACAAGCCGAGGCUUGACCCCCGACUAGGACUCGGCUCCCGAGACACGACUCGAACGUCGAGGCCAGCCCGGCUCCGAGGCAGACCCGGCCGCACCACUUCACUCCCCCGCCGAGACCUCUAUAGCGCCCCAGCACAACCGUGCAGGCCCACGCAGCCGAGAGGAGCAUCACAAGCCCCUAGCCUCGGCGGCCCACAGCCUCGACACCGACGGCGACGCGAUGCCGACAGGCGACAGAGCAGGCCCCGGCCGCGACGCCCCGGAACAGCCGGCAGCAGGGGGCUGGCGACUCCCCCUACGCCCGGGUCUCUUGCUCCUGCUGCUCCUGGGCUGCGUCCUGCUCGAGCUGACGCGGCACCCGCCUGAUGGUACCGCCCGCGACCCGGCCGCCACGACGACAGUCACACUGGCCAUCCAGCACGACAUCGAGGCAGCCCUCGACGGCUACGGGCCCCUCCUGCGCGCCGACACGCCGCUCCUGCAGAGGCCAUACGACACGGAAGGCGGGGCGGCGAACGACGCCGAGUCGUGGGUCCUGCCCACCGCAGCGGGCAAGAUCAGCCCGGUGUGCGAGCAGCUUCUAUACCACAGCCACGACUGCCAGCCGGGCCCGGAGGAUGCCUGCCAGAGGCUGACGCGCAACCUCAGGUCCGCCGCCGAGGACCACCGGAGGGUGGCGAGGUCCCUCGCCGGCCCGCGCACGGGGGGGCUGUGGCUUUCCCACGUCGAGGCGCCGCUGCUGGGGCUGCUCUGGAGCCUCGACAACACGGGAGCGGCGCCCAGGCGCCUCGAGGUCACCGGGCCGGACGGCGACGGGCCACAGCACGCUACCGCAGCAGACGACGGGGCAGAUGGCGGCCAGAUGGAGGUGACAGCCAUGCUGAUGAGGGGCUAUGUUAAAAGCCAGAGGGACCCCCAGAGGUCGACCAACGGCAAGAUCCGCCGGGCGCUGCUUCCGCUGCGCGAGAAGUGCGCGAGCAUCGUCGCCGACAUACGGCUGAUAUCCGGCCAAGACGCCUCCGACGGCGCAUGCGGGUGGGCUGAGCUCUCGCCGCUUGCGGGACAGGUGCAGCAGGUGGUCUCUGCCGCCGACGACAUCCUGGCCGCCCUCGACGCCGUCGACGGCGUGCUGCUACGCCUCGACCGGUUGCUGGAGCGCAUGCCGCGCGGCUACCUCGAGGUCGACGAGGUCGCGGGCGGGACGGUGGUGAGGACGAGGUUCGAGCUGCCCCCGCCAGCGGUGAUGUCUCGGUCCGUGGCGGCGCGCCUGGGGCGGAUGCGCGAGGACGCAUCCGCGCUCCAGCAGGGCUGGGUCCCGCCACAGCCCCUCGCGACUGGGCUGCCCGGGGGCGGCCGAGGCUCGGACCUCAAGCACGGGCAUGGCGCCUGUGCCACUUGCGCUCCGGCAGGUGCCCAACACCCACAGGCCACAGCCGCCAGAAUCCAUUAGCGCCCGUAUCCAGCAAGAAUGCAACCUACUGCCCAUCUCUGUCAUCAUGUAGCGGAAACACUGGUGACCUGGUCGCCCGAGUGUGUAGCCUUCUUGUGCUGGGUUGGCCUGCCCUUACAACGACUCCCAGUCCUCAAGUGCUGCUGUACAAGACUAAAGAAAUGAGUUUAUAAUAUCUACCUUAAAAACCUUAGGAAAUCAAGAAGCUUUAUGGCUGAGGGAAUAGUAUGUAAAGUCUCAGAGUUUAUAAGUGAUUUGAAGACGUGUAAUCAAAG